GCCGCCCGGGGCUGCGGGUCCGCGGUCCCGGGCCCGUCCCGGCCCGACGGCAGGUUCCCAACUUUUCACGGCGUGGCGAGAAACGUGCCCCGGGGCGCCGCCGAGCUGCUUUGACGUCUUGAUCCUCUCCGAGAACUUAACGGGAUCGCAAAGCCCUUCGAGCGGCUUUUCCCGGCCGGGCGGGUUUAGGCGGGCGUGCGGGAUUGGGCUGUAAUCCGCCCGUGCGGAGCGGAGGGGAGCGCAGCGGAGGGGCGGCCGCGGGGGGCCCUGCCCCGCCGCCCCCGCCGGGCCGGGCCGGGCCGGGCCGCCCCACCGGAGAGAGGGCUACUGCUGGGCGGAGAGGGCUACCGCUGCCCCGGCUGCCCGGCAUCGGGGGGCCGGACCGACGCCGCCUCGGAGAAGGGCACUGCUGGCUGUCAGCCUUCCCUAAGGAUAACGGCCCCGAGGCGCCUGCGUUCAGGCAGGCAGACGGACAGACAGACAGAGUUUCCGAGUUGGGAGACAGCGGGGGAAAGCGUGGAAAGCUGUCAUUUAGAUGUUGAUAUGUAAAGCAAAAUGGCAAAAAUCAACACCCAGCACUCCUACCCUGGUAUGCACAGACUGUCUGUCAGGACUACUGAUGAAGAUAUUGAAAGGAUUGAAAAUGGCUGUAUCAGAACCCAUUCGUUGUGUGAGGAUGCAUCUUCCGAACUGCAGAGAGUCAUUUCUGUGGAGGGAAGACAUCUGUCUGAAUCCCAGACGAGCUCAUUCACGGGCAGUGGAGCAAUGGCAAGGCUAUCACGAUUUGUCAUAUCUGUGAGGUCAUGGGCUUCAAGACAUUUGCACCAGGAGGACAAAAGACCCGAUUCUUUCCUGGAGCGUAUCCGAGGGCCAGAGCUGAUAGAGGUGUCCACUAGGCAAAGUAACAUCCGCUCCUUUCUGGGUAUGCGUGAGCGGCCUGGGGGAGUAAACAGUCACUGGCCCUUGGCCAGGUUUAAUGUCAACUAUAGCAACAACACCAACGAAGACAAAAAGGAAGAAAAGAAAGAGGUUAAAGAGGAGAAAAAAGAGGAAAAGAAGGAAGAAAAGAAGGAGGAAAAGAAGGAGGAAAAGAAAGAGGAAAAGAAAGAUGACAAAAAAGAUGACAAAAAAGAUGAUAAAAAAAAGGAAGAGAAGAAAAAAGAGAUCUUUGUGAUAGAUCCUUCAAGCAAUACGUACUACAACUGGCUGACCAUAAUUGCAGCACCCGUGUUCUAUAACUGGUGUAUGCUAGUGUGCAGGGCCUGUUUUGAUGAGCUACAAGUUGACCAUAUAAAAUUAUGGCUGUUCUUGGAUUAUGGCUCGGAUAUCAUCUAUGUUCUUGACAUGUUUGUCAGAUUCAGGACAGGCUUUCUUGAACAAGGCUUGCUAGUUCGGGAUGAAAAGAAAUUACGAGAUCAUUAUACCAAAACUACGCAGUUCAGACUGGAUGUGCUGUCUCUUCUGCCAACAGACCUGGCGUAUUUGAAGAUUGGUCUGAACUACCCUGAACUGCGAUUUAACCGCUUGCUGAGGAUUGCUCGGCUCUUUGAGUUUUUUGACCGUACCGAAACCAGGACAAAUUAUCCAAACAUAUUUCGUAUUGGAAAUCUUGUCUUAUACAUUCUUAUCAUCAUUCACUGGAAUGCGUGUAUAUAUUUUGCGAUCUCGAAGCUCAUUGGAUUUGGAACCGACUCUUGGGUCUACCCCAACGUGUCCAAUCCAGAGUUUGGGCGCCUGUCUAGAAAGUACAUUUACAGUCUGUACUGGUCAACGCUCACGCUGACAACCAUUGGAGAAACACCUCCUCCGGUGAAAGAUGAAGAGUAUCUCUUUGUGGUCAUUGACUUUCUGGUGGGUGUGCUGAUCUUCGCUACCAUUGUUGGUAACGUGGGCUCAAUGAUUUCCAACAUGAAUGCCUCCAGGGCAGAGUUCCAGGCCAAAGUGGAUUCCAUCAAACAGUACAUGCAUUUCCGAAAAGUGACGAAGGAUUUGGAAGCCAGGGUUAUUAAGUGGUUUGAUUACCUCUGGACCAACAAGAAAACGGUGGAUGAAAAGGAAGUUCUCAAAAAUCUGCCUGACAAGUUGAAGGCUGAAAUUGCCAUCAAUGUCCAUUUGGACACACUGAAGAAAGUGCGUAUAUUCCAGGAUUGUGAAGCUGGACUUCUCAUUGAGCUGGUGCUGAAACUGAAACCUACUGUCUUCAGUCCAGGGGACUACAUUUGCAAAAAGGGAGAUAUUGGAAGAGAAAUGUACAUUAUUAAAGAGGGAAAAUUGGCUGUGGUGGCGGAUGAUGGCGUAACCCAAUUUGUAGUCCUAAGCGAUGGCAGCUACUUUGGUGAAAUCAGCAUUCUAAACAUCAAAGGUAGCAAAUCUGGCAACAGGAGGACAGCUAACAUAAGGAGCAUUGGUUAUUCUGAUUUGUUCUGUUUGUCUAAGGAUGAUUUAAUGGAAGCCCUCACAGAAUAUCCAGAAGCCAAAAAGGCUCUGGAGGAGAAAGGGCGACAAAUUCUGAUGAAAGACAAUUUAAUAGAUGAGGAAGCAGCAAAAGCAGGAGCUGACCCAAAAGACUUGGAAGAAAAAGUAGAAAGACUUGAAACAGCUCUUGAUACACUGCAGACCAGGUUUGCGAGGCUCUUGGCAGAAUACACCUCAGCUCAACAGAAGGUGAAGCAGAGACUUGCCAGAGUAGAAACCCGAGUGAAAAAAUAUGGUAGUGGCACCUUAUCAGUUGGAGAAGCAGAGGCUGAAAAACCUGAGGAGAAGAAGUAGUAAUGGACUAUUUAUGUUUCCUCAUUUGAGAAGGUCGAAGCAUGUGAAAGCCAUAAAUAUAUGUAAAUAUGUGUGUGCAUACAUAGACAUGAUUAUUUUUAUAUGAACUCAAGAGAAUGGUUUUUAGCAUUUUUAACUGAAGCAGUAUUUUCUUGUAAACAGAAUAUUGUCACCUUCUUAGGGGGAGAUUUGGUCUGGCAUUUGGUACUUUUUUUGUACUGGGAGUGGGUUUCUUACAAGUCAUGCUCAGAAUGUCUAUUGUGUAUGGCACCUAUAGGUCUUGGCACAUUGUCUCUUCCCACCCGUGUUGCGUUAAGAAGGCAUCAUACUUGAAGUAGAAGAGAUUGGGUUUUUUUAAGGGCUUAAAAAAAUAGUUAUAGGAUGCAUGCUCUACCUUGCUACCUUAGCAGCUGAGUAAAUGCAUGGAUGGACAUCUGGGCUUCUCAAAAUGUUUGUUCUUUCAUAGUGAAGCAUCUGCACAAACAGUUGGACUGUUGCCGAGCAGCAGCACAGUCCUUACCCAUGCGGUGGAGCCCUGCUACAGCGGUGCAUGAAACAGCCGUGCAUCCGGAUGCUUUAGUCUGAUUCUUUCAGAUGAGCUGGGCUCUGCACAAAGGACCACGCUGACAGAGUAGCAGUGCUCAGGCACGUCCCUUCUGGCACGGUCGGUGACAGCCUUUGCUGCUCUGCAACUGCUUCGGUUGGGGACAGAUUGGGAGAUUUACCCCCCCCCAUUUUUAUCUAUUUUUUUUUUAAUUCCCUCUCAGCAAGUGGGCAGUCCUGGAGGGAGGCUACCAAGAAACCGCACAGGCUGCAGGCAGGGACAGCCUGUCCCCCCCUCAAUCUUUGCCCCCCCAGCAGGGUUUCUGCACGGCAGGGAGAGCAAGCCCUGCUGUUGCAAAGUCUUUUCUGCGACUAGGCCUAUGUCUCCUUCCUCUUUCUUUCUUGUAUUGAUGCCUGCUCCACCUCCUUAUGCUAUUUAGUGCCAGCUUUUCUCUGAUGUAGUCGUCUCACUGUCAUGUUUCCACUAGUUAGGGAGAAGGAAGGCCACAUGUGCUCUGGUCCUGCUGGUAGGAGCCUAGCUGUGCUGAUCGCUUUUCUACUCACUGCAGAGUAGUUGUCUCUGAGUUGUCUCUGCCAACGGUCUGGCUCUGACAUGAAUGCACCGGUCUGGUCCCCUCAGCCUGCCCUCACAUCAGGGCAGAACAGUACUGAGUAGGUUUCUUGUUCUGUCACGUUGCAACCUCAGGAUUUGCCUCUUCCACACCACUGCUUCCAGUUUCUCUCCAAGCUUCCCUCCCUCCCACUGAGGGGAUUUCUCUAAUAGUCUCCCACUGGGAAGAUACUAGCUUUCAGGUUUUGCUGUACAGUAUUUUUCUCUUGCGUAGCUUUCCCUGUGUUACUUUUAUCUUCCAGUACCUCACUGACUUCAGAAGAAUAUGGAGUAGCAGAGGCUGUUCAGCAUCUAUGGCGUGGGGGCUGGAUCCUCCAGUGGCGUUAGGUAUUACCAUGGGCAGUGCUCUGCCUUCUAGAUGUCCUCAGUGCUGACAUAAGGAGCCCUAACAGCAUGUGGGCAUAGAUGGCCUGUGGGAAGAUGGGUAAGAAACCCACCGAGGGUGGUUUAACAAGAUGGUAGUGAAAUGGUUGCUUUGCUAAACUGAGUACAACCGCUCAGGGUGACUGGGCAAGUGGCUGUCCCCCUCCUGUGGACACUUUUGAGCCUGGUGAGAGCGACAAAUCUGACAGUGACUAAGGAUUAGGGCUUUGCCAGCAACACUGGCAAAGGGACCACCAGGUAGUAGAUGUCUGCACAUGGCCCAUGUCUAAACUCCUGUUACCAUCAGCCUAGGAGCCAACUAGACUUAGGUAUCUAGUGUAGGCUGGGCUUAAUCUAUGAUCGAGAUUUCCACUGGCUAUAAUGAGGGCUUGGGAAAGUAGCUGAGACCUAUAUGCAGCCAGCAGAGUUUGGGAGUUUUGGUGUUUCAGCUGAAUCUUGUCCUUAUUUUCUCCAAGGGCUUGAGACGAAUGGAGGUAAGAGAGGAUGCUUUGGGCAGAAGUCUAAGUGCCCUCACUCCUGCGCUGAGGAGGGCAGCAGGGUUGGGGUGGAGCUGGCUAGUGGCAGUGUACGACUGUAAGCACGGAUGGUGCUGACCACAGAUGGUCACAGGCUGCUGAACUUGCAACUCUCACCUUGUAACAGAGGCAGGUACCGCACUGGCCUGUGGUGUGGUACCACGUGGCUGACAUUCAUGGUUGCGUUACUCAAACACCUUAUCUGGUAGGGGUUUCGUAUUUAUCAUCAUGUUCUCUAUCGGUCAUCAUUCUCUGUAAAUAUCUGGCUAUUUACCCAACAUACUAAAGCUGUUCCAGCCUACUAGGUAUAUACAAAUAGAAUUGUUCAAACUAUUAUUUAUACAAACGUAUACCUGUUAAAAAACCCCACAAACACAAGAAUGCUUCUUUACCUGAUGGAUCAGAACAGUUUAAGCUACCAGUUAAAUACAUGUUUGCUCUUCCCUUUUCCAUGCCUCUUGGUCUGGUUUUCAUAUGCCAGAAAAAUAACUAUUUUGAUGCUAUUUGCUUCAGUCACUUUGAAAUAUAUAGCUUUUGGCACGAUGAAAUCACAUUCUUCACUGUUUUUCAUCUCUGUAAGAUGCUUUCCCCCUUCUUUAAUGUGACUACAGCAUGUACAUUAAAGUAUUUUGAGUAAUGUUCAA